UGUCACCUCCCUUUGAAGCUCAACCUAUAAAGGUCCUGUCACUGUCAGGCACACCAUCGCACAGCCCUGCCAGACAGACUCUGAGGCAAUGCUGCCCCUAGUGAUGAUGCCCAGCUUCUCAGGGAUGCUCUUGGCCUGCCUGCUGCUCACAGGCCUGGUACAUGGUGAGGCUGCCCCUGCUGCUGUUGCCUCUGUUCGCCGCUCCUGUCCUGAAGGGUCCAAAGCAUUUGGUUCCUACUGCUAUGGCUUGUUCAGUAUAGCACAGACCUGGGAUGCUGCAGAGGUGGACUGCCAAAGCCAGACCUCAGGCCAUCUGGUCUCCCUGAUGAAUGGGGCUGAAGCUUCCUUUGUGGCCUCCCUGGUAGCUGAGAAUGGGGUCAACAGGAACCCUAUCUGGAUUGGUCUCUAUGACCCUAACAAGAAUCGGCGUUGGAAAUGGACCGGCAAUGCCCUAUUCACCUACCAAGCCUGGGCUACGAGUGCCCCCAGCAAUAGCAAUCCUGGAUACUGUGCGACCUUGACACCAGAAACAGGAUUCAAAAACUGGAAAGAUCAACCAUGUACAAGCAGAAACUUCUACAUCUGCAAGUUCAAAUCCUAGAGAUUACAAGCCAGAGAAAGGAAUUGGGAUUCUGUUUCCUUGGGAUCGAGCCUUGACCUAUGAGGGGCCUGGCUACAGGCUCUCUGUCCUCUCAGAAACCUCUUCUCCCUACCCUCCUCCCUACCUCCAGGCCGGUAUCUCUCACCCCUGGGUAAUUGCCCUUUAGCCCCGUCCUUUGCCUUUACUUAAUAUCUUCUUCCUCCUCUUACAUUUCCUUGUGGGCUGUCUGGUGCAAAACACUGGACAAUCAGAAUAAACGAUUAU